GACAUGUGAGAUGAGAGUGAAUGUGCCUAUGCAUAUAAGCUCUUUCUAUUUAAAAUGCUCGCUCAAAACCGGCUGAUAACUUUAUUGUAAGUAUUUACUUGGGCAUGUGUAUUUUGUGUGGCAGUGAUCUGCUGUUCUUUGAUCAACAACAACGUGCGAAAAAUAUUCUAUCAUGUCGGAAAAAGCUUGUUGCCAUGGACCUGGCUAUGCGACUCCGCUGGAUGCCAUGAAGAGUGGACCCCGGGAGAAAUUACUCUAUACGGUCACAAUUCAACCAAAUUUGGACGAGCCGCAUGGCGAUUAUCUAUCCACAAUCGAUGUGGACCCAGAUAGUCCCACAUAUUGCCAGAUCAUUCAUCGCACCUUUACGAAUCGAAAGGGAAACGAGUUGCACCAUUCCGGCUGGAAUGCCUGCUCCAGUUGCUACUAUGUUGAUAAGAAUGCAGCAACUGUGCCGAAGAGAAACAGAUUGAUUUUGCCCUCACUUAAUUCGGAUUUUAUUUAUGUACUCGAUGUGGCGACGGAUCCACGCAAGCCUGAAAUUGUCAAGGUCAUCGAAGGAGACGUGUUGAAGAGCCACAACGUGACGGCUCCGCACACAACUCACUGCUUGGCCAAUGGCAAUGUAAUGAUAUCGGUUAUGGGUGAUGCUAAGGGAAAUGCAUCUGGAGACUUUAUCCUGUUUGACUCAGAAUUUAAUUGUGUCGGCACAUGGACUAAGGGAGAUCGGAAGGCGCUGUGUGGUUAUGAUUUCUGGUAUCAGCCCUAUUUUGAUGUUAUGGCUUCAUCCGAAUGGGGAGCACCCAACAAAUUUCGACGUGGAUGGAAUAUUGAAGAUUUGAACGAUAUGAACCAGUAUGGCUGCAGAAUUAAUUUUUACAAGUGGUCUACACAAACUCUGUAUCAAACCGUUGAUCUGGGUUUUGAGGGCGUUACCCCGUUGGAGAUACGCUUCAUGCACGACCCAAAACGUCCAGAUGGAUUCGUUGGAUGCGCCUUGAAUGCAAAAGUUUUUUAUUUCAAGAAAAAAACCGACUCCGACGAGUUUGAUGUCAAGAAAGUAAUUGACAUACCAAAUAAGUUGGUGGACACUGGAAGUGGCACUGCUUCUGAGAUGGGUGGAAUGAUUUCAGAUAUUAUCAUAUCGCUAGAUGAUCGAUUCCUCUAUGUAAACUGCUGGCGUCACGGCGAUGUCAGGCAAUAUGAUAUCAGCAAUCCAGACAAGCCCAAACUCAUUUCUCAAAUCUGGAUGGGAGGUUCUAUCAGCAGUGAUCUUCCCAAUAUUAUCGUCAAGGAGGAUAAAGAGUUGACUGAAAGGCCACCUCCAUGCUUCAUCAAGGGUCGUCGCUUGGAAGGAGGACCCCAAAUGAUGCAGCUGUCUCUUGAUGGCAAACGAUUAUAUGUUUCCUCUUCACUCUUUUCUCCUUGGGAUAAACAAUUCUAUCCAGAAAUGGUGGCCAAGGGUGGAACCGUGUGCCUCAUCGAUAUCGAUGUGGUCAAUGGAGGCAUGACUCUCAAUGAGGACUUCUUUGUUGACUUUGGAAAGGAACCAUAUGGGCCAAGUCUACCACAUGAGAUGCGCUAUCCAGGAGGAGACUGCACCUCAGAUAUUUGGCUAGCCAAUAAGUAAGAUAUACUCAGACAUACUCAACUGUUUCUAUCAUUAUAUUGAAUGUGUAAUCCAAAAUAAAUGAUUUUUUUAAUGUUA